CUUUGUUUGACAUAAUUUGAAUAAAGAAAGUAAAAUAAAUCACAAUAUCACAUUCGUCUUUGCUCCAGGUUCAGGUUGGUGUGUGUAUGAAGGUGUUAAUUUAUAAGAGUCAUAUCAUCCUUUAUCUUUUAUAUGGAGUAUAUACAAAUCAGACUCCAAGCUGCAGAAAUGCGACAUUUGGUGGAACUGUGUCAUGACAUUUGGCGAAUCUGACGUGUCAACUUUUUAGACCAAUAAUCGUGAGUUGGCAUUUUUAAGUGGGAGUAAAAGGAAAAAAUCAAAGAACACCAAAAAAAGUAUUCCUUCCCACCUACUUUCCUUUUAAUGUCGAUACAACUUAGCAUUAAAAAAUGGGAGCUUUCCUUCUCCUUUUCUGAUUUCCUUUGGUUAAUUUUUGGUAGCAUAUUGAAUAAUCGCACUUUGAUGCUUUCUCUGAAGUCGUCAAUCGACGGAAAAUUAGAAUUUGAAUCGCCUCUCAUUUCAUGUUAUUCUCACGUCUUUCUAAAAUUUAGAUUGUGUUUCCUUCAUCCGAAUCCUUGAUCGACUGUCAAUUGGUAAGGUUUAAUUGAUUUGAUUUUCCUGGAUUCUUAGGGUUUAUGUUUGGUAUUUCUUGCUCAAUCGGAAAUACACACUAGCGGAUCUGAAAGCAAUUUGUUUUAAAUUGAUAUGUUUCUAUGCCAAAAUUCAUGUUAAAUUGUUAACCCCUGCAAAAUUUGCAUUUUCCCCACAUUUCAAUACAAUUUCGCCCUUAAGUUAACAUACAAUUACAUGCUAGAAAUUGGUUUGUUUUUUUUCUAAAUCCAUAUGUAAUUUUAGAAAAAUCUUUUGAAAUUGCAUUUUUUCCUAAAUUCAUAUGACUUUUACCUAAAUUAGCAUUGAAAUUGCUUUUUUUUCUAAAUUCGUAUGCACUUUUUAUUUAAAUUAGAGUGCAACUUCAAAAUCUCUACCCUUGUGGUUGUGACAAUGUUUAGAGUGAAGGAUGCUAAAGCCGCUGCUCAACAAUUGAAUAUAUAUGGGAGCUUCUUUAACUUAUAAUAAUCAUUUUAUUCUACAUAACACUAAAUGAUGGCAAUUUUCUUUAUGAGCAUAUUGUUGAAAAUGAACAUUGAUUUCCAAUUUAAGUUUUGAUGAGUAAUUUACUCAAUAAAAAAUAUUCUAGAUAUAUUUUUCUUGAACUCGAGGAAUGACUGCGGGUUUACAUUGGCUGUUUGAAGAAGGUAACGUUGCCGUGAUAUUUGAUUUUUGAACGGUCAGUGUUGCCAUAGGUCAGAGGUUAACAUGAGCAAUUUGUAGUUCCAUAUUCACACUCUCACUAUGAAGACAAAUUAUUUCCAAAGCUAUAUUUACAGAAACUUGACAUUGUUUUUUAGUUAGUACAGGAGAAAGAAUACUAGAGAUUGAUGCCAUGGUUCUUGCUAAUAGAGGUGUUGUUUGUAUUGACGAGUUUGAUGAGAUAAAUGACCGAGAUUAUAUGGCUAUACAUGAAGUUAUGAAGCACCAGACUUUAACAAUUGCUACAGCUGGAAUGCAUACAUCCUUGAAUGCUCGGUGCAACAAAUCCUAUCUAUGAAUAUAGUAAUGCUUUUGAUCAAUGCUGAGCAUUAUAAACAAUAUUAUGGCUAUCAAGGACUCAUGUCAAGCUCGAGGUUAUAAGACAGUUAACACGAUACCAUGGCAGUAGAUGGCCCUCCAUUUGAUCCCAGCAUAUCCAUAGAGUGUCUCUGUGAUUUUUCCGAUUCUAGAGAACGACUAAUCAGGCGCCAGAAUCGCAAAUCAUAAUCUGUUGCAUGCUUCCGGAUUUUGAGCUCGGUGAAUCAGGCGGCUGUUUCGCACUUCCCAACAUUAUAAGCAAGAAAUAUGAAGCCUACAGAGUUUUCGGAGAGAGAUCUAUACCGUAGAGAUGACGCAGUGUACGGAUUGCAAUGGCCGCUGAGGAAGCUUUCCGGGGUGCAGAACAAGCAGUGACAGAUGAAGAUGGUCUCAAUGAAAUUCCGCUUAGUAAAAGGAUGGAGAAGGUCCAGUGUAUUUUCCCGAUUAUUGAGGACGGCUAAUCAGGCGCCAUAUUCGCUAUCAUACUCUGUUGCAAGCUUCCCGGUUAUUGUGUUCGGAGGUUCAGGCGGCUGUUUCGCACUUCCAAAAAUAUAACCUGGAAAUAUGAAGAUUUCAAAGCUUGCGACCCCUGAUAGAUCUCAUCCGGUGAGAAGACGCAGUGCGAGAAUUGCAAUGGCAAAAGAGGAAGCUUUGAACAGAGGUGAACAAGAAUUGUCAGUGGAGGAUGAAAUUGACGAAAUUCCCCUGAUUAAGCGAAUGGAGAUGGUUCAGGUAUUUGUCAGUGCGUGUAUGUUAUUAUAGAGUGUAAAGAUUUAUUCUUGGCAGUAUGUUAUUCUUGGUUUUUUGAAUUUUUAUUUUCAAUUUUGGGGAUUUUUGGUUUUCAACUAUGACAUGUGUUGUGCAAUGCGGUAUUUCUGUUGGGAAGUGAUGCUGAAUAAAGAAGAUAAACAGUUUUUUUUGUUUAAUGUCUAGUAGUGGGGUUUUUUUCGUUUUUUUGGAAUUGAAGUUCAAAUCCCUUGAUUUACUUCCCCCUAACCCAAUUGAUGGUGCAUGUUGAGGUGUGUAGUAUAUUUGUUGGGGUUUCCUUUUCCUGAUUAAUAAGACUUUUGUCAUUAAAUUGAGUAUGGAGAUUGUCUUUAUGUUCAGUCGAACGUGUGUUUUGCAUUCACUUUCGUUAUAGUUUUGACGGGUGAUAAGGGUUAUGGAUUUGUGGGUGUGUGAAGGAUAAUGCUAGUGAGGAUUGUGAUUUUGCUUAGCUUCUUCUUGUCUUUCGUGUGUGACCUGUUGUGGAAGGGUGUGUGGUUGUUUCGACUUAGUUUUGUUAGUGGUGUUUUUGGAAAUGGAUUUGGAAGUUUAUUUCAUUGCUAAAGGUGGCUGUGCUCUUGACAUGUUAAAUGGUUUUUUGUUGUACAACUUGGUUUUUUUUACCUGCCCCCUCCAGGAGCAUUGUUUAAUUGCAAAAUGGCUUGAGUGGUUAAUGUUAUGCGGGGCGCUUUUCAAAUUCCACACAUUUUUUUUAAAUUAGAAUUGUUUUUCUAGAUAGUCCUUAUUUUGAUUUGAUGUUGUGCUUGAAGUCCUUUUUUUGUUUAUUCAGUGCAGUUUUAGUGUGUGGAAUUGUUAGGGUAAGUGUGAUAUUGUUUUAGUGCAUUGAGAGUGUUGAGAUUUUUGGGGAUGUGUUUUUUGGUGAGGAAGUAUAGGUUGUGAUAGUCAAUUAGUGUUGUGUUUGGCAAUGUGUUUGUGCCUGGUAUGUGGCAUUUGAAGUUAAGUUUAGUGAACACAUUACAAUAUUAUUUGCGUGUACAUGGCGUUAUUGUGGUCUGUAUUACUGGUAUAUGUAUACGUGUGGCAGUGGGAGUUUGGUUUUUGGGAGAUAUGGGUACUUUGGAAAUCUUGGAGUACUGCCUGUUUUGUUGUUAAUGUUCUACGGUGUGGUCCUUUUUUGUGGCAAUGGGCGCUUUAGAUGUGGGCUCGGGUGUGGAAGUAUAGGUUGUUAUAGUGAUUUAGUGUUUUGUUUGGCAUUGUGGUUGUGUCUGCUAUUGGCAUUGGAAGUUAGAAUUCAGAGGACACAUUGCAAUAUUCAUUUAGUUCACAUGGCAUUAUGGGGGUCUGUCUGACUGGUGUAAGAUUAAGGGUGGCAUUGGAAUUUUGGUUAUUGGGCGAUACUGGUUUAUUGAAAUGCUUGGAUUACAGCAUGUAUCCAUGUUAAUGUUGUAUGGUCUAGGCUUCUUUUAUUUGUGGCAGUGUAACCUUUAUUUUCAUGUCCUCAAUGGGUCAAAGCGUAACCAACAUUGGACAUUAGGUUUUUGUGCGUUAUUUGGACAUCUAACUUUGUGUGUAUUACGAGCACUCUGGUGGGCCGAUGGGGAAACGGAAGUUCUCUAUCGAUGUCAUUGACAGGUAUCCCCAACAAAACGAUGGGUAUGUGGAAAAUUUACAGUUUGUGUAGAUUGAGUUGAGUUGAAUUUAAAUUAUUUCACAAUAGUUAGGUGAUUAGUAGUGUUAAUGGUUGUGUUUAAAUAUGCAGGUGCAACUGUGGAAUGUUCAUGUUGAAGUUUGCUGAGUACUUAAUGAUGGACGGAGACAUUUCUGAGGUGCACUCCCGCGAUAUGGAGGGAUACCGGGAAAAGAUGACUAUGGAACUCAUUGUCUACAGUAAUGAGCGAAAAGAGCAAGCCAAAGACACCUAGUCAUGUCCAUGGUUUUAUUUCUUGUCGUGGAGUUAUGAAUGGACAAGUUUCUUUAGUAUGCUUUGUGGUUUUGGUGUUUUGGGAGUAUGGUAUUUGUGUGGAUACGUUAAGGUUUUUUUCUUUAAAUUUUUAUUGGCCAGACACACUGUCCUG